CCCGAAAGGCAGCACUGUGGUCGGCGAAUGUGCGCCAUUUGCCGACGCAUCAAACGCGAUAAAGCACUCAAAGUUAAGCUGAUGCUAAGGAGGCCAAUCACCCAGUUAGUUGCUCAGGGUAUUAUGCCAUCGCCGAAAACGCCACCAGCUUUCCAUGAACAGCGAAAACAAUUAGAGCGCGCCAAGACAGGAGAUUUAUUGAAGGCCAAGAUACAGCGACGACCCGGUCGAGAUGAGCUCGUCAGGCAGCACAUACUCGAAGAUGUCGGGCAUGUUGAUCCGAGUCUCGCUGAAAGACAGAGGAUGCUCAAGAAAGCCAGGCUCGCGGAUCAGCUCAACGAUCAACUCAGUCAUCGACCUGGUCCGCUUGAACUUAUUCAGAAGAAUAUUCUUCACACUGAAGAACCCAUUGAGAGGGCAGUCAAAGAGGGCCACAUUCCCUUCAAAGCAACCUGCGAAGGCCAGGUGACGAAACCCCAGCCUCCAGACCAUUACAUCACCUUCGAAGAUGACUCUCAAAGUUCCGAAGGCGUUCCCUCUCCGCCUAUCGAGUCGAGAACUGACGUUUUGGAGACUGCGGCGACUUCUGCAGGAAUAGUCACCGUGUCUCUGAGCAUCCCUACAACCGGAGGUGCUGUUGUGGUUUCCUCCACGUCCCCGGUCUUCCAGCAAGCCGCUGGAACCGACCAGACGAUACAAACCUUCGCGGAACUUUGCAACAGUGUCGUCGGUAAUCAACAACAACAACAACAACAACAACAACAACAACAGCAGAUUAACCAACAGCAAAAACAGCAGCUAAGCCAGCAACUUGUACAGCAUCAAAGCCAACACGCCUCGUCUCAGGCUAGUCAGACGAAUGGACCCACCACGACUUUGUUGCCCCUGGCGCCUGCACCUAGUCCAAUGUCACUGGGCUCGACGACGUCCAGCCUGAGUCCUCUCUCAAAUAUAUCGAUAGCGUCACCGCCGGCACCUCCACCUCAGGCGAUAACUCCAAGGCCUCAGCCCAGCCCGAUAUCCGUCACCGUUUGUCAGCGCAGCGACGCGCCUGGGAAAGACAAAAAUCGUAAAAAAUCUAAGACUAAAAAUCAGCCCAAGACUCGUACCAUUAAGUUUCAUGAGUACAAGGGGCCGCCAAACGCGCAAAAGCCAUCGGUAUCGUGUGCAGCCUCGAGUCUAGGAUCCGGGGCACCUGGUGAAACCAGUUACGAACUGCUUCUUCAGCAACAGCAGCUUUUCUUACAGUGGCAACUUGAGCUGCAGCACAAGGUACCAUACCCGAAAAUAAUUCUUCCGGCAGCGCCAAACCCAUUAUCGCUAACAAGCAGUGGUAGCGACGCGGGAAGCAUCAGCGGAGGAAGUGCGAACGCACCGAGUCCAGCGCCAUCUAAUGCCUCGAACAAUCCCUCGGAACAGCCACCGCUGAGGCCGCUGGGAAAGCUCGAGGACAUGAAAGUCAGUGACCUGAAGAUUGAGCUCAAGAGGAGGAAUCUCCCGGUUUCGGGUUCCAAGCCACAGCUGAUAGAACGGCUAAAACCCUUCACGGAGAGCUCUACCAAUUUGUCCAACUCAAAUGGCCCGAUAAUCACCCACAUGGGACACAUAUUGAUGGACACCCCGGGACCUAUCGCUUCCGAUGAUUCGAGUUCUCAAGCUAAAAGCCCUGGCUCUCCGAUUAAGGAUGAACCUCAUAGUCCAAGGAUUGACUCGCCACAUAAUAGCGAGCAUGAUGAUCCAGCUAGUCCACCUGGUGACGACAUAAUAAAAGAACAACGUAAACGAAUUGAAGAAUUACAACAGCAGCUGUACAUGUCGCAGCAACAAUUACAAAAAAUCCGUCAAACUCAACCCUCGACAGUCCGGGCCGAGAAAUUGGUCCUUCAACAGCACCUUCAGAACAAAAUGCAGCAACAACAAUUGACUCUUCACUUACAACAAUUACAACACCUACAGCAACAACAGCAACAGCACCAACAGCAACAACAACAACAACAACUCCAACUCCAAAAACAGAACCAACAGCAGCAACAAAAUCACCAACAACAGCAGCAGCAACAGCACGUUGCCUUCCAGCAGCUUAAUGCUAAAGCCAGCCUCGCAGCUUUUCUACAGUCACAACCCAACACGAUACUUGACUCUGCUACUUUGACCACUAUCAACAAUAAGAAGAACCAAGUCAAAAAUAACAAUAACAACAACAAUAUUAAUAAUAACAAUAUUAUUAAUAACAAUAGUCACAAUAAUAGCAAUAAUAAUAAUAAUAAUAAUAAUAAUAAUAAUAAUAGUAUUAGUAAUAAUAAUAACAACACAACGGUGCAAUUGCCAGCCGCGAUAGUGCUGAACUUAUCAAAACCUACGAAGAUUAAUGGUUCCAUAUUGGGCGCACUUGUUGCUCAAGCCCAGCAGCAGCAGCAGCAGCGUCCUGUCAGCACUACUAUCACUUCUAUUGAAGAUAAUAAAUCACCCCCGCAGUAUGAUGAAGCUGCUAAAUUAUUAAAGGUAAAAAUAGAACCAGUUCAAAAGAACCACAUAAAGAGCCAAGUUGUAGACGACGUUUUAGAAAUUUUGAUAAAAAAUGGGGAAUUACCACCAAGCGCAGCCCAGGAUCCAGCGACUCCAACGACUCCGAACCGGCAAAUUCAACAGAACCUGGUGUUUUCGGCGCCAGCGGACAGCGCGACCCAAAAUCUGGUCUUCACUUCAAACCCAAUCAGCCCAAUGGCAAUGGACGUCAGCCAGAGUGGGUGUCCAUCUUCCCCAGUGUCUUCUCCCCCGAUUCCUCCUCCUCUUCCUCUGGCUACUUUCGCAGUACAGUUACCCAGUGCAUUGCACCAACAUCAACAUCAGCAUCAACACCAACACCAACAUCAACACCAGCACCAGCACCAGCACCAGCACCAGCAUCAGCAUCAGCACCAGCACCAGGAUGAAAUUCCUGCUUUCACCUCGGAUCUACUGAAUUCCAACAGCGAUCUGGACACCGCGAUGCUUCUCAGUCCUCAGUCUGUCCAGCAGAGCUCUCCAGAUCCACAACCUCCUCAGGAAGUAACUUCUUCCGAUAAUGCCAAUCUUGACCUCAAGGAACUGGGCUUGGAUUUGGAGACCCUGGAUACGAUGGACUUUGGGCAGCUGGACUGCGACCUCGGAGUAAAAAUAGAAACACCCCAGGAGUUGAUGGACCUUGGAGACAUGCCGAUGGACAUGGACGACCCGGACUGGCUGGACUCGCUGAUGCCUCAGUCGCCUCCAACUUUACAGCCAACGAGUCAGUGUACCAGCCACCCGUCACCAGGUUGCGCCCAGUCGACGGUGACUGACUUGUACGACCCUCUUCUUGCCAAUAGCCAGGACCCCUUCGACCUCUUCAACAUGGAAGACUCUGAUUUUAAAAUGUCUUCCGAUCUGUCACUGACCUGGGACAAGCUGGACUUUGCGACCUAG